AUGAAGUCCUCGGCUCUCCCUCAAGAGAUUUUCCUAUUAUUAUGCGAAGAGCUUGCUGCGCGUCGCGACUUCGGAACCCUGUUCAACUGCUCACUUGUUAACCGCCGAAUUGCCAGCAUUGCAUUAGAGCAGAUAUAUAGUAUUCAAGAGUAUUCUCCCGUAAGCACCGGUGAUCCCAUCUACAAACUAGAAUGGCUGCAAUUAUGGAAGUCUAUUAUCCUCUCAAGUAUUAAGAAAACCGCGUUCCCAUAUUGCGUCUACGUCCGCGCUCUGUUCCUCGGCAACCUCGAAGAAUGCCUCCAAGAUAUCAGCCGGGACAAAUAUGCCCGGGAUAUAUUCUUCGGGGGCGCAAUGAGGCAGUUUCUUGUAUUAAAAGCAUCUGCGAACACUCAUGAAGCCCAAUUGCCACCCAUGGAUACCCAAGCUACGAUAAUCAAGUGCGCGGAUUCCAUUACCCAAUACAUCAAGAGAUUAGCAGACGAUACGGGGACCGCUGUGUCUUUGGCACAUCUGGAGGGCACAUAUAUUCCACACCAUAUAUUACCGACUUGGAUAGCACGGCUUGGAACCCUUACGUCUUUGCGUAUCCGAGACGGAUCCGUCCUCGGCGUUGAAGCGGCUAGUGCUAUUUCCGAAUACUGUCCACGCUUUGCCGAUGUAACAUGUUAUUAUUGCCCUACUGCAGACGAAGAUUUGGCCGCAUUUUUCCAAACGCUACGUCCUAACAGUUUACGUAGUUUUGAAGUAAUAAGCCAGAAUUCAAUUGGGAAAAACGCCUUAACGGCACUCAAUUACCAUGCAGCAUCUCUUCAAAGUCUCGUACUUCGAAAUCUUACUCCGCAGGCUAUGAAGGCCCUUAACUCCUUUCCCGAUUGUACAUCCCUAGAGACUCUUUUAAUCGAGAACGACCGGUAUCACUUGGUGGACCCGGCGGAUUACCCCGAGGACACACUCAAAGAGGUUUCCGCAUGGAUCUGCAAAUGCAAAUCUCUUCGAGAUCUCAGUCUCUCGCAUUUUAUUGGUUCCGAUCCAGUGGUCAAGGAUAUUUUAAAUUCGCCCGACAUUCGCCUCACGUCUUUGUCCUUAAUAUCUAUUCACUCGGGAACCGAGGUAGAGGAUACCGCUACCUGGACUGCGCUUGGCCUUCAGGAUCGUCUUGAGUCUCUGACUCUUGGUCUACAUGAACUCGGCUACGGUCAAAUAGCCGAAGCAAAGCCACCACUAGUAGACUCAAUUUGCCGGCUUAAAAAUGUGGCGUCAUUGAAUUUAAUGCAAGUACAUCUCACGGAGGACACCGUAGAACGUAUCGCGGCAUCAUUACCAAAUCUAUCCGAAUUUAGCUUCAGCGGCAACCUCUUACAUAACCCCGUAUUAAUUCCUCUAAGCGCCAUUCCCAAGCUCAAGUUACUCUGCAUCAGCUCUCUCUCUUCUUUCACUUUCCAAGGUCUACGUGACUUUGUCUCUAGGCUUAUCUCCCGAGGCCGAACAGGAAUUAAGAUAGAUAUCUUGAAUCAGUUAGGCGAGUGCAAACUCACGGCGUAUGAAUCCGUUCUGCUACAAAAGCAUUUCAUGAAUCUCAAGGGUCGGCUCGAAAUUGCCUAUUUUAUGGACCCGGACGAGCUCCACGAGACGGACUUUUCCGACGUUUCCGACUAGUUAUAUUCACAAUACGAUGUUUGAAGGUAGUCUAAGCCUAAUGUCACAAUAAUAUCUUCAGAGCGGGGGAUUCGGGAAGUUAUAAUGUGUAAUUCCGAUCAAGAGGAGCAUUUUCGUUCAUAAGCACGG